AUUUUGCUUCGACAAUGGGACAUGUAUGCAGAAAAUGAUGGAAAGGGACUCUUUAAGGAGCAGUAACAAUGGUAAUAGCACCAAUCACAACAGAGAUAAAGUCAGAGGUGAUGCAGGAUUGUUAAGAUCUAGCUUAGAUUCUGCCAAACAAACGGCGUCGUCUUCUAAUUUUGUUUUGCAGUGGGGGAAUCGGAAGCGUCUAAGGUGUAUGAAGAUCCAGGUCAAAGACGAUCAAUCCGGACCAGUUAACCGAACCAUUGUUCGGGUCGAUAAGGACUCUUCAAAUCAGCCUAGCAAUAAUAACAAUCACGGGACUGGGUGUUUUAACCUCCGUCAACGUCCUGCUUCUCCUCAGGCUUCGCCAGCUAAGCGCAUUCUCAGGAAGUGUGAGAAUUCCAAUCCUAUGAGAGGCCAAAGCAACGGUGGUGUAAGGGGAUUCGCCUCGCCAGACAGCGCGCACGAGAAGAGAGGCGGUAACCAGAACAAUUACAAUCACUACCACACCAACAACAAUGAUAACCACCACCACCGCAACAAAUCAACUGCAUCUUCAGAGACGGCUCACGAUAGCAGAAAAGGUGGGUCGUCUUCCGGGAGCGGUGAGGUAGCUCCUGCACCCAUCGUCUGGCCACCUAAGUUCAUGAUUGCUUUAACUAAUAAAGAGAAGGAAGAAGAUUUCAUGGUUCUUAAGGGAUCGAGAUUGCCACAACGACCUAAAAAACGGGCCAAGUUUAUUCAACGGACUCUCAAUCUGGUAAGUCCGGGGACAUGGCUAUGCGAUUUAACCCUCGAGCGAUACGAGGUCAGGGAGAAGAAGAUCACAAAGAAGAGACCAAGAGGUUUAAAAGCUAUGGGAAAUAUGGAAUCUGAGUCUGAAUAGAAAGCUCGGAAGGCGCUGUUUAAAGGUUGUUUUUUUUGGGAGUUUUUGCAAUAUGAAUGUCGACGAUUUGAUGAUGAUGAAAUGUUCAGAGGCAGCUGAUUUUUCUUUUUUUGGUUGACGAUGAGACUAGCGUUUAAGCUGUGUAAAUGAUUAUCUUUAUUUCAUAUGUGAGAUGAAUGGGGAAAGAUUUAA